AUGGCAAACCAUAGGAAGAAAUUCAUUGAUUUGGUGGAUAAGGCAAUUGCUGUUGGUGACACAAUGGACCGUGAUGAUCUGCUUUUUUCUUACAAGGGGAUUCUCUACCCCACAACUGUGUGCAGUCCUGAAAUAUUCAAGGCUCUUGAGUCCUUUGAAGCCAGGCAGGAGGAUGUGAUCCUAGCAGGGUAUCCUAAAUCUGGUACCAAUUGGGUUGGCCAGAUCUUAACAGACUUAGUAACAACAUCUGCAGAGAAUAAUGAAGAUGAAACAAAUAGCCUGAAUGAUGAGGAACUGGAAGAAUUUCCCUACCUUGAAGUUGGAGAUGCUGAGAAAUAUCAGCGGAUGGAGAAAUUACCUUCUAGAAGAGUUAUAUUUACUCAUCUCCUGCCACACAAUCUACCUGAGUCUAUCUUCAAGAAAAAAGCCAAGGUACUGGUGCUUGUUCGAAAUCCCAAAGACGUAGCUACAUCUUUUUACCAUUUUACCAAUGGCAUGUCUCCACUUCCCUCUUAUGAGACCUGGGAUGAGUUCUUCACAGCUUUCAUGACUGGAAAAAUGCCUUGGGGCUCCUAUUUUGAUUAUAUUUAUGAAUGGAGCAAGCAUGUUGACGAUGAAAAUGUUAUGACCAUAACCUAUGAAGAACUGAAAGAGAACAGGGCUUUGGCAGUGAAAAAGAUAGCUGAAUUCUUCGUGUUGCCCUUGACUGAGGAACAGCUUCAAGCGGUUGCAGAUAGGAGCAGCUUCCAAGCUAUGAAAGAGAAUGCCCACAAAACUCAUGGUGCAUUUGGCAACGUUCUUUUCCGCAAAGGUAAUGUUAGUGACUGGAAGAACCUUUUUAAUGAAGAUCAGAACCAAGAAAUGGACAAAAGGUUUGAAGAACGCCUAGCAAGAACUAAGCUGGGAGCAAAGAUAAAAUAUGAGGUGUACUGCAAAGACUGA